AUGGGUUUGGGCAGAGUACGCCGUUCGUAUUCACUGAACUUGAAACGCGGAGUAAUUGAGGAGGAAGAGUCACGGCUAGGGUUGGUUAGAUGUAGGCUUGGAUUAGGGAGGAAGAGGGUCGGGAUUUCAAAUGAGAUGGAGGAAAUGACGCCUGCAUCCAAAGUUCCAUUGUUGAAAAGGCAAUGCAGCGAGAGGUUUCUUAUGAUACUGACGCCUGAUGAUUUCCAUCAAAAGUCUGCCCUCCAAUCACUUCCUCAAGACCUUCUUAUUAGGAUUAUUUGUGGUGUCGACCACGAAGAUUUGAAGCAACUUUUCAAUGUUUCUAAAUCAAUCAGAGAAGCUACUGUCAUUGCAAAGCAGUUGCAUUUUGCUCAUAGCACACCGAGGAAGGUGAAAGCUUUUCGAACAUCCAUAGACUUGGAGGAAUCAAGUGAAUUGGACGACAUUGAAGCUCCAAAUGCACCAAGGCAAAUGAGGUCUCAUACGUCCAUCAACAGGAAGAAACUCGCUGAUAUUUCAGUGGCACUAUUUGCUUGACACGGAAGAGAUUGUAGAUAUAGUUUGUAGUAGCCAGAACAUUAGUUGUUGUAGAUUAAAAAGGGGAUUGAUUAGUGGAUCUGGUCGUCGGGUCUUUGUCCGUGGGUAAGAUUCUUGACAAGCAAUUUCUUCAAAUGUUUCGUUGAAG